UAAGCAAUCUCCGGAUCAAAAACAUUGGCCACAGCACGACGGUGCUAGCCCGAUCUAGUAGCGAGCAGGAGCCAUAAAAAUUCCGUUGGUGACUAGUGGGGACGUGACCGCCAUGUCAUGUCAUUGCCUCUCCCGAUUGGAUUUGAAAUGGAUCACGGAAAUUAAACGAGUAAACUAUUUUGGCUUAGGGGAGACGUGCAUCAAGCCCCUGCUGGCAAGUCAAUGGACGCAGCGCCAUCCCACAACAGCACAACAUAAAGGAAGUUCCGCCCGGCGGACGGCAGUUGCCAACAACAAACUGGCAAACGCCGUCGUCGACCAAGCCGGCGAUGUCCGAUGUGAGCCCCUCCCCGAGCCGCGCCGUGGUCGCUCGGGCGCGGCGGAGGCGCCGGCCGACGGCUGAAGCGACGACGUGCCCGCUCCGGCCACCGGCGGAGACGACGACAGCCAGCAACAGCAAGAGCAGGGUCACCGGCGCAGAGGCGAAGGCCGCGACGGCGUGGCUGGUGGCAUACCAGGAGGCCGUGUACGCUUGGGACGAUGCGGUGGACGAUCUGGAGGCUCACGUGGAGAAGGAGAAGGAGCCGUCGCCGGAGGAGGCUAAGAGAUCAAUUCUCCGUUGGCUCUUACGGUCAUCAGCUGUCAAUAGGACAGGGAAGAAACUGAACGCCAAUAUAGAAAAGCUGCACAAGAAAGUGCUUGCAGUUUUACAGCGGGGACAGGAACAAGAUCUUAUACAAAUGAACUGGCAGCGACACGGUUGGAUAAGUAAAUUUUUGGGGAGUCCGUCAACUAACUCUUGUAGCCUGGGAAACCUAGAGCAGGAAAAGAUGAAGUUGAUUGAUAUUUUGACUGACAGCCAAAGCUCCAGCACUGUUGUUACCAUAGUUGGGUGCUGCGGAAUUGGCAAGACUACACUGGCACAGAAAGUAUAUGAUGAUUGCUACACGAGAAAUGUUUUCAAUACAACCAUAUGGGUAGAUGGUUCCAAAGACACAACUGGCGUGGGAUUACUGUCCGCAGUCGUACGUGCCGCUGGUGGGAAACCUAGAGCAGAAGCUCAAAGUAGGGAGAAAAUUAUGGACAUGUUGGCUGUAAUACUUGAAGGGAAGAGAUUCUUACUGGUUCUCGAUGAUAUAUCGAGUCACCAUAACCAUGAGAGUUUCCUGGGAGACCGCUCGUUUGUAAAGCAUGGAAGCCGAAUUCUGAUCACAACUCGAGACCAGAGAGUUGCAGCAGGAAUGAAUCGUAGCUACAUUCAUAAUAUGCAGGAAUGGCCUUUCCAAGAUUGCUGGACUCUGCUAUGUGCUAGUGCUGGCCUGGACAAGGAACAUGAUCAGGAGAACUUGAGGAAUAUUGUGAUAACAAUUAUCCAGAGAUGCAACAAGGUCCCACUGGCUAUCAAGAUUAUCGGCGGUGUCCUAGCAACCAAGGACCCGACACAGGCGGAGUGGCAGCAGGUUAAUGAAAGUGAACUGUGGUCCUUGGAUCUGGAGGACAUUCCUGGUGGGAUGAAGAAACUGAGUGGGCCUGUCUACAUGGCAUACAGUAAUUUGCCCUACCGAUUGAAGCUAUGUUUCCUUUACUGUCUGCAGCUCCCAGAAGGCUUUGUGGUUAGCCAGCAUGUUGUUACUAGGAUGUGGAUAGCAGAGGGCUUUAUCAUCGAUGAAGAAAAUGACUGUGAUCCUCAGGAUAUUGCAGACCGCUUUUACAGGGAGCUGGUGCUCACAAACCUUCUGGAGCCUGAGAUUGGCUCUGCUGACAUGACAAGAUGCACAGUACAUGGCUGUGUCAGGUCUGUUUUACAAUUCUUAAUUAAGCACCGGUGGUUUGGGGAGAACAAGCAGGCAUCUAGUAUUGAAGAAGCAGGAAGUCUGACAAGGUUCAGGACAGUGAUCUGCAAGAAUCCCUUGGCUGACCGUGGCCUGGACAAAGUGUUUAUGGGGCGAAGAUAUUUGAGAGUGCUGGACCUUACUGGCACUGGUAUUAGGCACAUUCCAGGGUCAAUAGCACUUGUUCAUCACCUUCGGCUCUUAAAUCUUUCUCUGACUCAAAUCACAGAACUUCCAGAGUCCAUUGAGAGCCUCAGAAAUCUGCAAUUCUUGGUCCUCCGGUGUUGCAAUGUGCUUCAUUCUCUGCCAGAGGGAAUCGGUAAGCUGCACAACCUGCAGUGCCUCGAUCUCGAAGGAUCAGUGCCACAGCUUGUCUUGCCAAGCUUGGUAGACUUGAAGCAGCUAACUACUCUACGUGGUUUCAUAGUGAACCACAAGGAAGUAACUGAGAAAGAUGUCAGUGGGUGGCCAUUGGAAGAGCUGGAACAUAUGAACUCUUUGAGAAGCCUCCAGAUACUGAAGAUAGACAGAGUAAUGCAGUUUACCAGGGCACAAGAAGCUGCACUGGAGAUGAAGUCUCACCUGACACAGCUUGAUCUAUGUGGUAGCUCCAGUGAUCCGCAUCUACACGUACCAGCGGCAGAAGCUAGAAGGCUCCAUGGAGUUCUCAACAGUCUCCGCCCUCACGGAUGCCUGGAGUCUCUCAAAAUAGCAAGUUACCACGGGCGAUUAUUUCCAGAAUGGUUACUGCAGCUCCCCAGUCUCCAACGGCUGGUUCUUGCUGAUUGCAAAAUCUGUGAGAGCCUCCCUUGUCUCGGACAGCUACCCCAACUCAAGUUUCUCACCAUAACCAGCUGUUCUAAGUUGCGUACUAUUCAGCGAGGGCGGUACACAGGAUCAGCAUUUCUGAAGCUAGAGCAUCUCCAUGUAGAUGACAUAGAGAAUUUGGAGUCAUGGAAAGGAUUCCAAGCUGGCGACUUUCCUUCCCUGAUCAAGUUUCAUCUAGAUAGCUGCCCCAACAUAGAGUCACUCCCAGCUUGCCUUGAGUACUCCAAACAACUGAUAAGCAUGAAGGUUGUUGCUGCUGGUAGCCUCAUAGUGAUUGGCAACCUACCCAUGCUCAAAGAGUUAAUUGUGCAAGACAGCAAAGCUCUUACCACUGUCUCCAAUCUUCCAUCACUAGAAGUUCUGAUGGUCAUUGGCUGCUCUGGGCUGCAGGAUGUGAAGGGAAUCAGAUGUGUAAGGCACCUCCGCAUAGUAGACAGAGAGCUCACAAGGCUUCCAGAUUGGUUGACAGGGCACGCUUCAGUGCUGCAGACGUUGACUGUCUUCGGCACGGAGGAACUGCUCGGCGUGUUAAUUCCCAGUGGAAAAGAUUGGCCGGCCAUUCUUGACAUCGAAAAAGUUUAUGGUAACCUGACUGAUGGAUCUCCAUUCUUCACAUACACAAAGAAGACGGGCGAUUUCCAGGCAUUUGGAGAGCAACGAGAUCUUGUUGUCAGAUCAGUAGUUGACCAUCAGUUGGAGGGCUGGUCUUCACAUAUCAUGGCUAGGAGUUUUAUCUCUCGAAUCAGCAUGCACAAUACCAUCAAAUGGUAUUUGAUUCCUCUACUUGCUACUGCACUGGUGCUUUUGCUGUCCAUGGUCGAGGAGAUUAAAGUCAUAGGAGUCUUCCUCGUCUUCUUCACUAUCAUAGCAUGCUUUUGGUGUCUUUACUUCUUCAGUAUCUGUAAAGCUUCGAACUAAGAUUAGAGGAAAUCAAACCAUGUGGGAAGAAAGGGAUUGAAUAUUCCAGUGGUAUAUAUACUCAUUGUAAA